AUGAGUGGGAGGCUCUUACUCCUCUCCCUGCUCCUGGCCCCCCAGGCUGCUGCCGCACAGAAGAGGAGCCAAGCGGUGUGCGAGAACGUGCUGGAGGCCGACAUCGUCUUCCUGGUGGACGGCUCGUCCAGCAUUGGCCGGAACAACUUCCGUGCCAUCCGUACCUUCGUGGAGGACCUGGUGUCACCCUUCGUGCAUGUGGUGGGCCAGAAGGCGGUGCGCUUCGCCGUGGUGCAGUACAGCGACGAUCCACGGGUGGAGUUUGGCUUCUCCCAGCACACCAAUGGCACAGGCAUCCAGAGGGCCAUCCAGCAGCUGAGCUACAAGGGCGGCAACACACGGACUGGCGCUGGGCUGCGCUACGUCUCUGACAACUUCUUUGGUCCCACGCAGCUCCGGCCUGGGGUCGCAAAGAUCUGCAUCCUCAUCACGGAUGGCAAGUCCCAGGAUGAUGCUGAGCAGCCAGCGCUGAGGCUGAAGAGCUUGGGCAUCAAGGUCUUUGCUGUAGGGAUCAAGAAUGCCGACCGCCAGGAGCUGAUCCGUGUGGCCUCACUGCCUACUGACUCCUUCUUCUUCUAUGUGGGUGACUUCAAGCUGCUGGGGACACUGGUGCCACUGAUGACACGCAGGGUGUGCACAAGCUCAGGGGGCACGCUACGCACCCCUGAUGGAUCAGGCCACGCUGGUCCCUCCAACCUGGAGGUCCUGGAGCACGGCUCUGAUGUGCUGCGCAUCCGCUGGAGCCCAGCCAGCGGCCCCGUCACCGGCUAUAGGGUGCAGCGUGUCCCACUGACGGGGCUGGGGCAGCCGCUGGCAGCUGAGCGGCAGGAGGUGAGCGUGGGUCCGCGGGAGACAAGCACCGUGCUGCGGGGGCUGCGCGCAGGGACGGAGUACCUGGUGACUGUCAUCGCUCAGUAUGCCAACAGCGUCAGCGAGUCGGUGUCUGUGCGGGCGCGCACUCAGAGCCGUGGCGGCGUGCAGCAUUUCCACGUGGCUGAGGCUGGGCCGACCUUCCUGAGGCUGUCCUGGCAGCCCGGCCCCGAGCCGCCCCAGGGCUACAUCCUCAGCUACGCCGUGCCAGGAAUGCCCCAGAGUGAAGAGAGGAGCCUGGGGGCUGGUGCGCUGUCGGCCACACUCAGCAACCUGCGUCCCAACACCGAGUACGUGGUGACGCUGCGGGCACGCUAUGCACAGCAGCCUGCAGCCACCGCCAGCCUCACCGCGCGGACACAGGCAGGCACAGAGCAGACGCUGCGGACCAACAUCCUGAGCCCCACGUCCAUUCAGGUGCUCUGGACUGCCAUCCGUGAGGCCCGUGGUUACCGCCUGGAGUGGAAAAGAGCCACAGGGCUGGAGACCCCCAGGACAGUGUCGCUGCCCAGCAGUGCCAGCACCUACCAGCUGACAGGGCUGCAGCCAGGCACUGAGUACCGCAUCACUCUGUACACGCUGUAUGAAGGUGGGGAGGUGGCCACCCCCGUCACCACCUUCCAGACAGGUGUGGAGGUACCAGUGGGCGCGGUGUCAGAUCUCCGUCUCAUCGAGGAUUUGGGCAGGAGGGUGCGGCUGGGCUGGACCGGCGUCCCUGGUGCCACCGAGUACAAAGUGACAGUGCGCAACACCCAGGAUGGCACCGAGAGGACGAGGCGCAUCCCAGGCACGCAGACAGCGCUGGAGCUGGGUGACCUGCGGGAAGGUGUCACCUACCUGGUGCGUGUCUCAGCCCUCGUGGGCAGCAGGGAGGGCAGUGCUGCUGCACUCAGCAUCCACGUCAGUAAGUGCGCAUGGUUAGCCCCAGCCCUGGCUUGUGAUGGCCACUCGGGGUGUCCCCAUGCUGACGUCCUGGUGCCAUUGGGCCUGCGGGUGACGGAGGCUGGCCCCAACCAGCUGCGGGUCAUGUGGAGGGGGCUGUCGGGCGCUGGGGGGUACCGGCUGACGUGGAGGGCCGGCGAUGGUCAGGAGCAGUCCCGCUUCCUCCCUGCCAACCCCACUGUCUACACCAUUGAGGGGCUGCGAGCUGGCACCGUUUAUGCCAUCGGUGUCACAGCCAUCAUUGAUGGCCGCGAGGGUCCCCCUGUCACCACCAUGGGGAGGACAGCAGCUGAGCAGGUGGGGACAGUAUCCCGGCUGGAGGUGCAGUCAUCCAGGAGCAAUGUUGCCCGUGUCACAUGGGUCGGCGUGCCAGGAGCCACAGCGUACCGUGUGGUGUGGAGCCGUCGGGACGGGGGCUCGGAGAAGAGCCAGCAUGUUCCCGGCCACAUCAGCUCCUUUGACAUCCCUGACCUGGAAGGAGGUGUCUCCUACACUGUGAAGGUCACAGCACUCAUAGGCAACCAUGAGGGCAACCCUGUGUCCAUCAUCGUUACCACCCCGGAGGCGGCCCCGGUGCCCCCUGUUAGCAACUUGCAGGUGAUGGAGGCUUCGGAGCAUCGCCUGCGCCUCACAUGGGCGCCGGUGUCUGGCAGCAGCGGGUACCGCCUGGUCUGGCGCCCAGCUGAGGGUGGUCCCCAGCGCAGCCAGCAGCUUCCAGCCACCGCCAGCUCCUAUGACCUGGGAGGGCUGGAGCCAGGCCGGCGCUACCACAUCAGCAUCACCAGCAUGGUGGGCAGCCGGGAGAGCGCACCGGUUGCCGUCACUACUGCCACCGCGUCUCCAAGCCAUGCCACCAGCCUGCGAGUGACAGAGGUGCAGAGAGACUCUGUGACGCUCUCCUGGACCCCUGUCCCUGGUGCUUCUGAAUACGUCCUGUCCUGGACCCCCCCUGCAGCGGGCGGCGAGGCACGGCGCGUGGUGCCGGGCACUGCCAGCUCCCUACAGAUCCCUGGGCUGCGCCUGGGCCAGCGCUACACUUUCACCAUCCGCCCGCUUCUGGGGAGCACACCUGGUGCUGAGAGCUCUGUCAGUGAGCGGCCAGUCUGCAGGGACGCCCGAGGGGACAUCGUGUUCCUGGUGCAUGGCACACGUGACAGCUCUUCUGGUGCUGACGCUGUCCGCACGCUCCUCUCUAACACUGUCACCUCCAUGGGCCGCCUGGGCCCCGAUGGCACCCAGGUGGGUCUGGCCACGUACAGUUACCGCAGCCUGCCCUGGCUGCUCCUCAACCGCUCCAGCGAGCUGCCCGCUGUGCUGGAGCAAAUACGCACCAUGCGCUACGAGGAGCCCAGCGGCAAUGCCAUUGGGGCAGCCAUCACCUUUGCUAGGACCUAUCUGCUGAGCCCUGGUGCAGGACGGCGGCCCAGUGUGCCAGCGGUGCUCGUGGUGGUGGCCGACGGCCCCUCCGGGGAUGAUGCCAUCACUGCUGCCAGGGAUGCCAAGGCAGCGGGGGUCCGAGUGCUGGCUGUGGGCUUGGAGGGGGCGGACCAGGAGCAGCUCCGGCGCAUGGUCAGUGGUGAGGACCCACGCUUCGUCUUCCGCAACCGUGGUGCCCUGUCAGAGCUGGAGGGAGAGCUCACCGAUGACCUCUGUACCAUCAUCUCCACCAGGCCAGAGCCAGAGCCAAAGCCCUGCACUGUGCAGUGCCCCAGGGGAGAGAAGGGAGACUCUGGCGUGGCAGGGCCACAGGGGCGUGUGGGGCAGCCGGGCCCCCCUGGAGAACCGGGCCGCCAUGGACUGCCCGGCCCUCCAGGACCUGUGGGACCACGAGGGCCACCAGGAGAGAGCGUUGAGCAGCUGGGCAAGAAGGGGGAUAGGGGCUUCCCUGGAGCUGAUGGGCGGCCAGGGCUUCCUGGCCCCCCCGGGAACCCUGGGACCCCUGGUCAGCCAGGCAACCAGGGCAUUCCUGGCCCCCGAGGGGACCCUGGGCCACGAGGAACAGCGGGGCAUCCUGGCCCGAAGGGGGAAAAAGGCGAGCCGGGAGAGCCCAGAGUGAUCGUGGAUGGAGGACAGGGGUUGCCAGGACGGAAAGGGGAGCCAGGCACACCGGGUAGCACCGGCCCCCCUGGCAACCCUGGCCCACGAGGUCCCUUUGGUGACCCAGGUCCUCCGGGUCCCCUUGGGCCAAUGGGGCUACCAGGACCUCCAGGAGACUCUGUGAAGGGGGAGAAGGGUGAUCGAGGGGAGAGGGGUCCCCCUGGACUGGUCGAUGGGGCAGUGCCUCGAGGGGAGCCGGGCCCCCCGGGUCCACCUGGGGAGCCCGGCCCACGGGGACUUGCUGGUACUCCCGGCCCCAAGGGUGAGAAGGGUGACGGUGAGGAGGGAUUCCCAGGGCCACCUGGACGUCCAGGGGACCCUGGAGACAGGGGUCCACGGGGACCUCCAGGAGAACAAGGCAGGAAGGGAGAGCGUGGGGCACCAGGCGAGCUGGGGGAGACUGGCCAGAAGGGAGACCGCGGUGCGCCUGGCCCCGAGGGUGAAAAGGGAGUACCGGGACCAGCUGGGCCACGGGGUGAGAAGGUGAGGGAGAAGCAGAGCCUGGGGCUGGGGUUGUGGGGAGGGAAUGGCACUGACCCCAUGUGUCCACAGGGUGAUGUGGGAGCGCCUGGUGAACCUGGCCAGCCGGCUCCCAGCGUGGCCAGUGUCAGAGGAGAGAAGGGUGACAGAGGAUUUCCAGGACCAGAGGGGCCUCCUGGCCCCAAGGGUGAUGUAGGGGAAAAGGGUGCCCGUGGUGUCCCUGGCCUGAGCAUCCCAGGACCAACUGGCCCCAAAGGCGAGCAGGGCGAGCGGGGCAUCACUGGCCUCACUGGCAGGAGCGGUCCCAAGGGUGACGCAGGGGAGCCGGGUGAGAAGGGUGAGCCAGGCAGAGUGGGUGCACCAGGACAACCAGGGCAGCGUGGCAAGGAGGGUGAGCGUGGAGAGAAGGGUGAUGAAGGCACCCCGGGUGAAGCAGGGGUACCUGGCAAACCUGGAGACAGAGGUCCACGGGGGCUGCCUGGGUACCGUGGCCCCCCUGGAGAGAAGGGUGAACUCGGAGACCCAGGUCCUGAAGGCAGAAACGGCAUUCCCGGAGCACCUGGCACCAAGGGUGACCGCGGGGAGCCGGGCCCUCCUGGACCCCCAGGACGAGCUGUGGAUGUGGGGCUUGGAGGAGUAGGAGAGAAGGGUGAGAAGGGGGAUGCUGGGGACCCGGGCGAGGAUGGAGCAAAGGGGGCCAAGGGUGAGAGUGGCCCCCCCGGACUGCCGGGGUUGAGUGGCAUUGAAGGCCCCCGCGGCCCCCCCGGCGCACGGGGUGACCCUGGGGACCGAGGCUUGCCUGGAGAGAAGGGGGAACGUGGCCCACCAGGGCUGGAUGGCCGCAACGGACUGGAGGGGAAACCUGGCCCUCCGGGACCCACCGGGCUGAGGGGGGACCCAGGGAAGCAGGGGGACCCUGGCCGAGAUGGGCUGCCUGGGCUGCGGGGGGAGCAGGGACCGCCUGGCACAAUAGGACCGUUGGGACCACCUGGUAUCCCUGGAAAACCCGGUGACGAUGGCAAACCUGGCCUAAGUGGCAAGAAUGGAGAAGAUGGGACGCCAGGAGAAGAUGGGAGAAAGGGAGACAAAGGUGAUGCCGGAGCCCCUGGCAGAGACGGCCACAACGGUGCCAAGGGCGAGCAGGGGGACAGAGGCAUGCCUGGCCUCCCUGGCCCUCCUGGUGUCCCUGGUGUCCCAGGGCAGGUUGGCCCCCCAGGCCAGGGCUCGCCCGGCCUUCGUGGGAUCACUGGACCAAAGGGGGACCCAGGGGAGCCAGGGCCACGAGGGGAGCCAGGGCGGCCUGGUGUCAGUGGAGACCCUGGGACUGCAGUGAACAUCGAACGUAGCCUGGAAGCCCUCGGCAUCAAGAUCUCAUCUCUGAAGGAGCUGACGGGUGCCUAUGAUGGCAGCUCGGACUCCUUUCUGCCUGUGUCCGAACGGCUACGGGGGCAGAAGGGCAGCCGGGGGGAGCCAGGGGAGAGGGGUCCCCCAGGCCGGGAGGGUUCUUUAGGCUUCCCUGGUGAGCGAGGACCCAAAGGUGACAAAGGGGACCAAGGUGCCCCUGGUCCUCAGGGCCCCGCAGGCCGGGCUGUGGGCGAGCGGGGCCCAGAGGGGCCACCGGGGCAGCCAGGGGAGCCAGGCAAGCCGGGCAUCCCAGGGGUGCCAGGCCGGGCUGGCGAGCUGGGGGAGGCCGGGCGACCUGGUGAGAAGGGUGACCGGGGUGAGAAGGGCGAUCGGGGUGAGCAGGGUAGAGAUGGCUUGCCAGGCCUCCCAGGGCCCCCAGGGCCCAAGGCAGACGCAAUGGAGGGCAGCCUGAUGGGCUUCCCAGGCGAGCGAGGUCCCCCUGGACUUAAGGGAGUGAAGGGUGAGCCUGGUGCCGAGGGCGAGCGAGGACCCAAAGGAGAUAAGGGUGAAGGUGGAUCACGGGGCGAGCGAGGAGAGCCUGGCGAGAAGGGCAGGGAUGGCUCUCCAGGCCUCCCAGGAGAGAGGGGUCUGGCUGGCCCCGAGGGGAAGCCGGGCUUGCCAGGUUUCCCCGGUGUGCUGGGCCGCCCGGGCAAUCAGGGAGAGCCAGGGCCACCAGGACCUCCGGGUGCUGCUGGCCCACCAGGGAGCCAGGGUCCAUCUGGGAUGAAGGGUGAUCCAGGGGAACCUGGUGCCGGCAUCCGGGGAUUGCCUGGUCCGCAGGGCAGCAUGGGGCUGCCUGGCCCUCCAGGACCACCUGGUCUGGUGGGCCCUCCGGGUGCUCCUGGGCUGCCAGGACAAGUGGGGGAGAGUGGCAAGCCAGGUGUGCCUGGGCGGGAUGGUGUGCCAGGGAAGGACGGCGAACCAGGGAUGCCCGGGAAGUUGGGUGUGCCAGGACCAUCAGGCCCUACUGGCCCCAAAGGGGAGCCAGGGGAUGCGGGAGUGCCGGGGCAGGGCAUUGCUGGCCCUCCUGGUGCCAAGGGCGAGAAGGGUGAGCCGGCGCUGCUGGAGGGCGUGCUGCUGGGUGAACCUGGUUCCAAAGGUGCCCGAGGUUUGCCUGGCCCCAAGGGUGAGAAGGGGGAGCCUGGAGGAGCUGGGGAGCCUGGAGACCCCGGCGAAGAUGGAGCCAAGGGAUCAUCUGGAGUCAAGGGGGAAAAGGGCACUCCAGGUGUCGGUGUGCGGGGACCACCAGGACAGGAUGGACCUCCAGGUUUGAAGGGUGACAUCGGUUUGCCAGGACCUCCUGGACCACCGGGAUUAGUGGGCAUCGCUGGGGCACCGGGACAGCCAGGCCUGAGAGGGGACAGCGGGCAGCCUGGCCCACCAGGAGCCCCUGGAGAACGGGGUGCAAUUGGCUUCCCUGGGAGGGAUGGUGCCGCAGGGCCACCUGGACCCCAAGGGCCCCCAGGGCCAGCGGGCAUACAAGGGGCCUCAGGGCUGAAGGGUGACAAGGGUGACCCAGGGGCUGGGCUGCCGGGAGCCAGAGGUGAACGUGGAGACCCAGGACCACGGGGUGAAGAUGGGCGCCCAGGGCUGGCAGGCGACCGUGGGCCAAUGGGCUUGCCUGGGAACCGAGGGGAGCGUGGGGACAAGGGAGACGUCGGGGCCGUGGGGCCCAAAGGAGACAAGGGCGAUACCGUUGUGGUGGAGGGGCCUGCUGGGGCAAGAGGCAGCAAGGGGGAGCCGGGAGACCGUGGCCUAAAGGGCUCCGAAGGGGACAAAGGGGACAAGGGGGAGCAGGGAAUGCCCGGCGAGAAGGGUGCAAGGGGUGAACCAGGUGAGAAGGGCUCUGCAGGCUUUCCUGGGGCACGCGGCCCUGGCGGGCAGAAGGGAGAAGUUGGCGUGCCGGGGGAGCCUGGUGAGCCGGGUUUGCCUGGUCGGGAUGGCAUUGCUGGAGCACGAGGAGAGAAGGGGGACAUGGGGCCACUGGGCUUGCGUGGCCCCAAGGGUGAGCGGGGCAUGAAAGGCGCCUGUGGCCUCGAUGGGGACAAGGGUGAGAAGGGAGAGCCGGGGCUGCCAGGGCGCUCGGGGCUGCCAGGAAGGAAGGGUGAGCCGGGAGAACUGGGGUUGUCUGGAGCACCCGGCAUCCCUGGGAAGGAGGGGCUCAUGGGACCCAAGGGUGACCGUGGCUUCGAUGGGCAGCAGGGAGCCAAAGGAGACCAGGGGGAGAAAGGAGAUCGGGGUGCACCAGGCAUGAUCGGUACCCCUGGUCCCCGGGGCAGUGAUGGUGCUCCCGGCCCCCCUGGCCCCCCAGGCAGCGUUGGGCCACGAGGUCCUGAAGGCAUGCAGGGCCAGAAGGGGGAAAGAGGCCCCCCUGGGCAGGCAGUGAUGGGGGCCCGCGGUGUGCCUGGUAUCCCUGGUGAGCGAGGAGAGCAGGGCAGUCCUGGUGCUGAGGGACUCCGUGGGGAGAAGGGGGAUCCGGGCAUGACGGAGGAAGAGAUCCGCGCCUUCGUCAGGCAGGAGAUGAGCCAGCACUGUGCAUGUGGAGGGCAGCUCCCGCGGCGCUUGGAUUCCCGUGAGCACUCAGGAGGAUGGGGGACUCGGCCCAGGAGCAUCCUUCAGUCUGCCCAUGGAGGAGGGAGAAGUGUCCGCCAAGAGAAGGAGCACAGCCAAACAGAUCACUCCCCCCAUUACCCACCCACUGAGCCAUUCCCAGAUCUCAGUGCUCAUGUUGUUCCCGUGCUUAAAGUGUCGCAUGCAGAGGAGGAGGAGGGGCAGGACAGGCGUGUUGUCGUUGACACCAAUGACCUGGAGUACGACAGCAUGUAUGGGGAGCAGGAGGACUACGACACAGCUCUGGAUGCAGGCAGCUUGGAGCAGCUCGCAGAGGAUGCCGAGCCCUGCCACCAGCCCAUGGAGGAGGGGGGCUGCCAGCGGUACACACUGCGCUGGUACUACAACCAAAGAGCCGCCGAGUGCCGGCCCUUCGUCUACAGCGGCUGCCAGGGCAAUCUCAACCGCUUCGGCAGCCAGGAGGAGUGUGAGCUCCACUGCAGGCAGCGCAUGGGGACAGGUGCUGGCAGCGGGGAAGGACGGCGGCCGGAGGCGUAGCGUGGUGAUCCCUGCAGGAACAUGGUGCUAUUUCUGACGUCUCUUCUUGUUGCUCAUGGGUUUUUCCCUUUACAUUGGUUCUAUUCGCCCGUUGAAGGUGAAAUUUCUAUCAAAUGGGAACACAGCCUCCCCAUACGCCUUUUAUCUGGUUUCCAAACCAGAGCUCUCUUGGGAUGUUGGCUUGAUUUUUAACUUAUUUGCUGUCAAUGGGACAGCUCUUGACCCCAUGUUCCUUUUUUGGCUGCCCAGAGCUGGGAGUGGGCACAGUUUGAGCCCUUCCCCAAACCCAAUACUUCAAAUCCCCAAGGCUGUGGGCUGCCCUCAUCACCCUCUUGGGCUCCCAGCGUGCAACCACGCAACCUGCUCCAUUUGAAUGAAUUUCACCUUCACCCCACCUGGGUCCCGGUUCCCCUUUUGGGUGCGAUGGUUUGGCAGAGAACUGCAGGAGGGAGGGAGGCUUUCUCCAUGUACUGCCCUCCGGCUCGCACCUCUGCCUGGAAACUGGGACACACCAGGGAGACCCUGAGGAUGGUGCUAUGUUAGAGGCGAUUCCUGCUCAUCAGGAAGGUGACUGACGCUGGCUCCUGCGCAGCCUAGACGCACUGCUGCUCUGUGUAUAUCUGUAUACAGCAAAUGUAUAUGUGUACCAAUGCAGGGGUGG